CUCUUCUAUCACCAACCAAACAACUCUAGAACAAUUUUCCAACACUCCAAACCCGUUUCUCAACUCGAUUCGUCGCCGGGACUGAUCCUAACCCCACAACUAUUACUAUACAAUGGAUCUCCGACGACGAUCGAUGAAACCCACUAACCAAUUCACUUCACCCACGAUUCUCAAACCCAAGUACUCAACCAAAGCCGCCGCCGUCGAUCUGGUUGACGCCGUCGAUUCGCAGAAAUCGUCCGAGGCCCUGUCCCUCCCUCUCUACAUCAGCAAUGGUGCUUUCUUCACCCUCUUCUUCUCCGUCGUCUACUACCUCCUUACCCGGUGGCGCGAGAAGAUCCGCAACUCCACCCCUCUCCAUGUUGUGACACUCUCCGAGAUGGUCGCCGUCGUGACCCUCUUCGCCUCCUUCGUCUACCUUCUCGGUUUCUUCGGUAUCAGCUUCGUCCACACCUUCACAAACCGCUCUUCCCUUGACGACGACGAAGAAGAAGAAGAGGUCGACGAGGUCGUGAGUUGCUGCCCAGUUCCACCCUCGAUUGCUUCCCCAAAACCGAAGAAAAUCGUCGAUGAAACCCCAAUUUCUACACCCUCAUCAGAGGAAGACGAAGAGAUCAUCAAUUCGGUUGUCUCCGGCAAAACCCCCUCAUACGCCCUCGAAACCAAGCUCGGUGAUUGCCUCCGAGCGGCUGCGAUUAGGCGCGAGGCAUUGCAGAGAAUGACUGGAAAGUCGCUUUCUGGGCUGCCAUUGAAUGGGUUCAAUUACGAUUCGAUUUUGGGGCAGUGUUGCGAGAUGCCAAUUGGGUAUGUUCAGAUUCCGGUGGGUAUUGCCGGUCCUCUGUUGCUCGACGGCAGAGAAUUCUCUGUUCCGAUGGCGACCACAGAAGGGUGUCUGGUGGCGAGCACCAACAGGGGUUGUAAGGCGAUUUACGUCUCCGGUGGAGCGACGAGCGUGUUGUUGAAAGACGGAAUGACCAGAGCUCCGGUUGUCAGGUUCGGUACCGCCAAGAGAGCUGCUGAACUGAAAUUCUACUUGGAGGACCCACUCAAUUUCGAAACUUUCGCCGUUGCUUUCAACAGAUCGAGCCGAUUUGGGAGACUCCAGAGCAUCAAAUGUGCUAUCGCCGGGAAGAAUCUUUAUAUUAGGUUUUGUUGCAGUACUGGUGAUGCAAUGGGCAUGAACAUGGUGUCCAAGGGUGUACAAAAUGUUUUGGAUUUCCUUCAAAGUGACUUCCCUGACAUGGAUGUUAUGGGCAUUUCAGGAAACUAUUGUUCAGAUAAAAAGCCUGCUGCAGUGAAUUGGAUUGAAGGACGUGGCAAGUCGGUUGUUUGUGAGGCUAUUAUCAAGGAGGAAGUGGUGAAGAAGGUCCUUAAGACCGAAGUUGCUGCGUUGGUGGAGCUUAACAUGCUCAAGAACCUUACUGGUUCAGCUAUGGCUGGAGCUCUGGGUGGGUUCAAUGCCCAUGCCAGCAAUAUUGUGUCUGCAGUCUUCUUGGCCACUGGCCAAGACCCGGCACAGAACAUUGAGAGUUCCCACUGUAUCACCAUGAUGGAAGCUGUAAAUGGUGGAAAGGACCUUCACGUCUCCGUGACAAUGCCUUCUAUUGAGGUAGGAACUGUUGGAGGUGGUACCCAACUUGCAUCUCAGUCAGCAUGUCUGAACCUUCUUGGGGUGAAGGGUGCAAGCAAAGAAUUACCAGGAUCGAAUGCAAGGCAGUUGGCACAAAUCGUAGCUGGUUCUGUUCUUGCUGGGGAGCUCUCCCUCAUGUCUGCCAUCUCGUCGGGACAGCUUGUCAAUAGCCACAUGAAGUACAAUAGAUCAAACAAAGAUGUUACCAAAGCUUCAUCAUAAAUGAGCAGAAGGGUUACCCACAGUCAAAGGCCCCAAAAUGGUGUAAAAAUCAAAUGUCAACUAGUCAUGGAGGGAGAAGAUUGUUAAAGUGGGGGAAAAUAAACAAAUAAUCUAACCCAAAUAUAGCUCAAACAGUUUCUUUAUGUAUUCUUUUCUUUCUUUUUUCUUUUCUGUAACCAGUGUAAGCAAUAGAAAUUGUGUAUAAUGAGGGUGCUGAAGUGCCCAGUGUUGAAGUUUAUUCUUACUUUUUUUUUUUUUUUUUUCCUUCUCCUAAAGAUUGCAUCCACUGCAAGUGUAGUGUUUAUCUUGUAUCAUCUACUUACAAUCAAUCAAGAUUUCUUUCAGUUCUUAAAAA